GUUUCCCAGCAGUAGCCACAGAACAUCUCAGAUCAUCUCAGAUUUCAUGUCCAUAUUUGGAAAUCACAGAAGGCUGUCAAAAGGCCCCCCUCGUGUAGUACGGUUGAUUAUCGUGAAUCUAUGGUCAUUUUGAAAACUUGAACAGACAAAAUGAAAGUUGAGAUGGCGAGUGCCCAAGUUUUACGUGAGGAGGGGAACAAGCACUUUAAGUCAGGUGAUAUAGACAGUGCUAUUUCCUGUUACACACAAGCGUUAGACCUUGGUGAGCUGAAGGAGACAGACAAAGCCAUCAUUUACAAAAACAGAGCAGCUUGUCAUCUUAAGAAAGAUAAAUUCUCUGCAGCCGUCCAAGAUGCUACAGCUUCUUUAGAAAUUGUUCCUGAUGAUCCAAAGGCAUUAUACAGACGUUGCCAGGCAUAUGAAAAGCUGGACAAAGCAGAAGAGGCGUACAAAGAUGCUGCUGCCCUGAUGAAAUCUGAUCCUAAAAAUACAGCAGUACAGCCUAUACUGAAAAGACUGAAUCCUAUAAUUCAGGAGAAGGUCAAAGAGCAAAAUAGCACAAGUUCAAAGGUCGCUCAGAUGUUUAAUUUUACUUUUGACCCAAAUUGUGAAAAAGAGAAAAGGAUUAACGCAGCUAAUAAUUUAGUGGUGUUAGCCAAAGAAGAAGCUGGGGCAAAAUUCAUCAGUGAACAGAAUGGAAUAGCUAAACUAAAACAGUUGUUAGAGGAACGGGACCCUGACAUUAUACAGGCGUCUCUCAGGACAUUAGCUUGUCUAAGCCAGGGGUCAAAAGAAAGGAGCAAACAAAUAUUAGAACAUAUAGAGUUGAAGAGAAUUGGUUUCCUUAUAGCAGAAAAAAAUAAUCGUGUGUCAACCUCAGCAACAUUUCUGUUAGAGAAACUACUGGUAGCUUUAACUGAUCUUGAGCUAUACAGAGCUAAGACGCAGCACUACAAAGAUGAAAGGAAACAAGGGAAUCCGUGUAUUUGGCCAAAAUUUGAAAUGACUGAGGAACAACAACUUCUUACAGACAAUGUAUUUACCAUGUUAAGUAAGAUGAUCGAAAAUGCCAAAGUGUCAGCGUCUGGUCGUGACAACGUGAUCGAACUCAUCAUCAAAUAUAUCACCAGGGAAACUGGACUACACUGGACAAGAAAAUUCCUAGAUACAGAAGGAUUGGAUGGUUUGUUAGCAGUAGCAUCGGCCAUUAAACAGCACGAGACCUGUACUUUACCUAUCUCAGAUUCCACCAAAAUGCAUUCCUCUGUCUGUAUGUCCAAAAUCUAUGAUGAUCUUAGAAGUGAUAAGGAGAGAGAUUUGUUUAAAGAAAAAUGUAGUAACUUCUUCAAGGAGUUGUUCAGUGAUGAAUUAUAUGAGUCUAAAGUAGAGGCCAUCAAGGCAGUAUCUACCUUAUUACAGGGCCCAUAUGAAGUUGGAAAUGUGAUAUUGAGUUUUGAAGGUGUAACUGAUAUUAUGUUACAUCUGGCAGGCAGUAAAAACCCUCUACAUCAGCAAGUAGCAGUAGAGGCUAUUGUUCAUUCUGCCUCAAAGAAGGAUAAGUGUACUGGUCUCCUGGCCAAAGCUGUACCAUUGUUACAACAGUUAAUUAAGGAAGCAGACGACCAGGUCAAAGUUCGUGCACUUGUGGGAUUAUGUAAAUUAGGCUCGGCAGGAGGGUCUGAUGCCAGUGAUAAACAGCUAGCAGAAGGUUCCACAAUGACGUUAGCCAAAGUUUGUAGAAAGUUUUUAGUAAAUCCCAGUAAAGACAUAGACAUAAGGCGAUGGGCAACAGAAGGAUUAGCAUACCUGACGUUAGACGCUGAGAUCAAGGAAGAAUUGGUUAAUGAUACAGCUGCAUUGAAAUCACUUAUAGAAGUCACUACAGCCUCAGACAAAAAUGUGUUGUACCCAGCAGCCACGGUGUUUGUCAAUGUAACCAAUAGUUACGAUGUGAAGGACGUAGAACCAGAGUUGGUGGAACUCGCCAAAUUUGCCAAACAACAUGUACCUGAAAAACAUGACUUGGAUAAGCCAGAACAUAUUAAAGCGAGAGUUCACAAAGUAGCCGAAGCUGGAGUAUGCAGUGCCUUAGUAGCUUUAUGUAACACAGAUAGUAUAGCAAGCAGGGAGUUGAUUAGCAGAGUAUAUUUAGCUAUAGCAACAGAAGAAGAUCUGAGAGGACUUAUUGUACAACAAGGAGCUGCAAAGGCUUUACUGAAGUUAGCCAUAGAGAACAAUACGGAGAAGGGACUGAUCAAAGCGUCACAUGCCUUAGCUAAACUAUCCAUCACCAUGAACCCACAAACAACUUUCCCUGGUCAAAGAAUGUAUGAACUAGUGAGACCAUUGUUAAGCAUUUUACAUUUAGAAUGUACAGCAUUGGAGAAUUUUGAAGCAUUGUUAGCACUUACAAAUCUGUCAUCAAUCAGUGAAUCUGUCAGGAAAAGGAUUCUUGCAGAGAAAGGAUUUUCAAAGAUAGAGCAUUACAUGUUUGAGGAGCAUGAGUUAUUGAAGAGAGCAUCAACAGAGUGUAUGUGUAAUCUGGUGAUGAGUGAUGAAGUUGUAAAAUUGUUUGAAGGAGAGAAUGACAGAGUUAAGUUAUUGGUAUUAUAUUGUGGCGAUGAAGAUGACCCUUUACUUGUUAGGGCUGCUGCUGGGUCCCUGGCUGUCCUGACACACAGUGAAAUAGUGUGUAAAAAAGUAUUAGAGGUCAAACCUCAUAUGGAGAUGCUGCAGUCUCUUCUUGUGAACGAGAAUGUGGAGAUCCAGCAUCGUGGAUGUUACAUCAUGUCAAACUUGAUCAACAGUAGCAAGGAAAUAGCCGAGAAAUUGUUAGAAGGACAAAUGUUAGAAAUUCUAAUGGCUAUAUCAAUUCUGAAAGAACCAGAAAGACAGCGAGGAAAAGAGCUUUGUGAACAAUGUUUGAAAAAGGCAAUAGAGUAUGGAAUUAUCAAGCCAAAUAAGUAAUUUGGAAACGAUUUUUUGUUUGACAAGUAUCAUGAUCAUGACAUACAAUUUCAUUUUCACUGGUUUGAUAAAAUUUCUGUUUCAAUAAUACCUAACUCUGUUGUUUACAGUUGAGGGCUGUUCAAGAAUAAAAUGCAUGGGGGCAUGGGAGUGCUUUUAUUUCGGAUCCCAUCCACCCAAAAUAUAAAAUUUUCACAUUUUUAACAAUGUUUGACAAAAUAUCAUACAUAUCAUUUGACAUUUUUAUCAGGGUCAACAUAAUACAUGUUCUAUAUUGUUAUAGGCUGUGAGCUGAGGGAAACUAAAUUGUAGAGAACUUCAUAUAUUUCUUAUUUUAAUUUUAAUAUUCUUUAUAUGGUUUCUUUUACCUAUUAAAGGGAGACAAAUUUAAAGUCAGUUAAAUUUUUAACAUCAUUAGAAUUUAAUGUUAAAUUUAGGUGUAAUUCUUUUGAUUAUUUCAUAGAAAACUCCAUUUAUAAUUAUCUUAAUAUAUUUAGUGUUUAAUUACUUUAAGCAUUUAAUCAAAGUGUUAUUUCUCAAAAAAUAUCUUAACUGGUCAGUUCCAGUUCCAACUUAUGAUGACUUUUUUAGUUUUCAUUGUUAGCUACAUUUUUGUAUUGAUUAUCAUCUCAGAUUCUCUCAUUUUAUAAUUCACCCAUUUCAUAUUAAAACCUGUUUAAAACAGGCGGAUAUAUUUGGUGCUUAAUUUUUGUUUUAUACAGUAUACACAGGGUGAGAGUGCAAUUAGAAAGAAAUUACUCUGAAUAAUUAUGAUGGACAAAUCAAAUGCUGGAGUAAAGUCAUGUGAUGUACAUGCCUACCAAAUAUUCAUAGAUACUGAAAAAUAUGAAAAGAUCAUUGUGAAAAAUAAACUGAUCAAAGUAUACUUGUAUUAACCUAACACUUUUAUACUGUAUUGUUUUAUGUGUGUAUUAAAUAGUUAAUUAGUUUAUAUAGGGUGGAUAAUGUUAUUUAUUUGUUUGUUUACAUGUUUGAAUGAUCUGAAAAAUAAUGAUUUUUACUGGACUAUAAUUGUCAAAAUAAAGUUUUAUUAUUGCUACAGUAUUUAUUAGUUUUUAGUUUCGUCAAUUACUGUAAAUUCAGAAAUUAUUGCCUGCAUUUAUUAUUAAUAUUGUUAAACAAUGGACUAGUACUACUGUGGAUUCAUUAUUUUCGUGGGUAUCAAUUUUCAUGGAUUGAGGAAAAUUUUCAAUUAAGUGGAUAUUGGAUUUCAUGGUUUUCUUGAAAUAUUCAUACAAGUCUACAGAAUAUUUAAUAUUUGUUGAACAUUAAAUUUUGUGGUUAAUCUGUUCCCAUAAAAUCCACGAAAAUUGAUAUCCAAUGAAUAAUAAUGAAUCCACAGUAUCAAAUUUGUUGACUUUACCGUAUGGUUUCUUUGUCACAAUGUUGCACAUACAAUCCUUAUGUUAUUAUUCAAAGUAAGAACUGUUUGGUCAACAAGUCAUUUACCCCUCUAGAGUUGGUUUCACAUUAAAAGUAUACUGAAUUGUUUAUGACUUAUGACCAAUCUAUUAUGUAAGUUUUUUGGUGAAACUGACUCCUGGAUUUCAGAAAAUUUUGCAUACUGUGGAUUCAUUAUUAUUCGUUGGAUACCAAUUUUCAUGGGUUUCGUUGUAACAGUAAACCACGAAUUCAAAUGUUCAACGAAUAACAUAUUUCCAAUAGGCUUUGUACAAUACAGAGAUUGGCAAAACCAAGAAAUCAAAUAUCCACGAAUAUGCAAGUUUUCAACAAUCCACGAAAAUUGAUACCCACGAAAAUAAAUGAAUCCACAGUACAAUAAUGCUUUUGAAAUUUAAAAAUGCUUUGUUUUAAUUUUGCAAAAAAUAAUCCUUGUUAAAAUCAGUGUUUAGUUUUUGCAUAUUUCUGCUUGAACUGUUACCCUGCUUUGACAGUAAGGGAUAACGUAAAGCAUAUUUUGGUGUGAACUGUAUCCCUUUGAUAUAUACUGUGUUUUUCUGUAUCCCUGCUAAAAUAUGUGUAUUAUAGAAUGAGUGAUGUAUUUAUAUGUGCCAAAAUGUGUUUGAUAAACAAGAGUAUAUUUCUUAUAAAAAUUAAAAUUAUUUAAAAAAUA